AUGCGUAACUUCAUCUCAACAAUCGUUCGUUUCAAUUAUCUCCCUUUAAUUAUUUGUUUCUCUAUCUCCUAUUUUACUUCUUUAAUAUCUCUGUUCCCCCGUUAUUCUCUUUUUAUCUUUCUUUUACCUCACGUAAUUUCUCUACUCUUACUUCCACUCUUUUCUUCUCAUUUGUUUUCUGCACUUCCCUCAUCCGAUUGUCUUUUUUGCUCUCUUCCAUCUGUUCAUCAACAUAAUUUCUCUCCCCACCCCAAUCUCUCUCUCUCUCUCUCUCUCUCUCUCUCUCUAUCUAUCUAUCUAUCUAUCUAUCUAUCUCUCUCUCGGUAUAUAUUUUCCUUUCCUGUAUCCGUCUUUAUGUUACUUUCAUCGUUUCACUCUCUUUUCUUCUAUCUCUUUCCUUUAAACUAUUCCUUCCGAUUAUUCUGUUUUCUCAUUUCGCUCUCUCUUUACAUUAGUUUAUUCUCGCUAUAUGAAAUAAUACCCUCUCCCUCUCUUUCAAUCUCUCUCCACUUCUCCCUUUCUGUGUUUUUCCUUUCCUUUUCUCUGUUUCCGUCUGUUAUGCUGAGUUCUGCGGCUCGCUUUUUCCUCGCUAGUUUCAUUCUUUCAUUGUGUUUUCUUUUGUCUCAUUUCGCAAAACAUUGUUAUCGCCAUUUUCUCUUCUUUUUUCUUUCUCUGAUCUCAUUCUGCUGUUCUUUUUCACACUCUGAUUUUUGUUUCUCUCAUUUUCUUUCCUAUCUAUUUAUCUAG